GGGAGAAUUGUGUGCGAGCUCAGUCAUCCAAAAACGGCCUUUCAAUGGGACAAGUUUGGGGGAGCCGAAGAAAAUGUCGGUCCCACCGCAGUAAAUUACUAAACUAGCUCAGCACUUUACAGGGUGGGGAAAAAAAAAGCAAAGAAACACUCUUACGUCUUUUUCUUUUUGGUUUGUUUGGGAUUAAAUUCAGCACGCAGUUGUUUGGGGGGGAAAAAACCCUCAGUUCCACACUCCAGAGAAAAAACAGCUUCAUCUCCUCCAGUACUCGUGUGGUUUUUUUUGGGACGUGGUAUAUGGAAGAUGUCGAGAAUGGCGGACCGGAUAUCGUGGCACGGGAGGCUUCAGGUGCUUUGUGCACUGUGCUCAGCUCUUCUGUGCUGCCUGCAGGCUGCUUCUCCUCUCAGUGACGACGACGUCCCGGUGUUCACGGAGGAGCCACUGUCCGUGGUGCAGAAACUGGGGGGCAGCGUGACGCUGCGAUGCAGUGCCCGACCCGCUCAGGCCCGAAUCAGCUGGCGUCUGAACGGCCGCGAGCUCUUCGCCGAUGGCGACGAGGCGGAGCUGGGCGUGGCGACGCAGCCAGACGCGCUCUUUAUCCCCUCCCUCUCUAACGGUACGCUCGGGCGAUACCAGUGUGUGGCCAGCACCGGCGCCGGAGCGCGAGCCAGCAUGCCUGCUAACGUCACCGCAGCCAAGCUGCGAGACUUUGAGCCUGAUGAUCAGCAGGAGAUUGAGGUGGACGAAGGGAACACAGCGGUGAUUGAGUGUCACUUGCCCGAGAGCCAGCCCCAGGCGCAGGUCCGCUACAGUGUCAAGCAGGAGUGGCUUGAAACAUCUAAAGGGAAUUACCUCAUCAUGCCAUCGGGGAACCUGCAGAUCGCCAAUGCCACGCAGGAGGAUGAAGGGCCUUACAAAUGUGCUGCCUACAAUCCAGUCACCCAAGAGAUCAAAACCUCCAGUUCUACGGACCGCCUGCGCAUACGCCGCUCGACGUCCGAGGCAGCGAGGAUCAUCUACCCGCCAGCGUCCCGCACCAUGACGGUGCGUAAAGGCCACAGGCUGGUUCUGGAGUGUGUAGCCAGCGGCACCCCGACCCCUCAGGUCACCUGGGCGAAAGACGGUCGAGAACUAAGCCCUCAAAACAACACUCGCUUCCUGCUCAGCAACCUGCUGAUCGACGCCGUGAGCGAGAGAGACUCGGGCACGUACGCCUGCCACGCCCACAAUGGCAUGGGCUCUCCUGGGACGGCAACCGUUCUCUAUGACGUCCAAGUGAUCGAGCCCCCUCAGGUGCGGGUGGAGCUGCUGCAGCAGGAGCCAGCAUGGGGCGACACAGUGAGGUUCAGCUGUCAGGUUCGGGGAAAUCCGGCCCCCAGCGUGGUUUGGCUCCAUAACGCACAACCAAUCACUCCAUCAUCACGUCACCGCCUCUCCUCACACGUGCUGCGUGUCUACGGCGUGGGCCCGCAGGAUGACGGAGUCUACCAGUGCAUGGCUGAGAACUGGGUGGGCGGAGCCCAGGCCGCCACACGACUACUCACUGUGCCUGCUGCACCCUCGCGGCCGGGUCGACUGCCCCUCAUUCGGCCACUGAGCCCUGACCAAGUUUUGCGAGAGCUGCCUCCUGCUCGGCCCAUGCCACCCAGCACGGAGCUUCUCAUCGACUGCUCAGAGAUCCCCGGGAACGUGUCACCGGCUGAGGCUCCGGUCAUCCUGAGCCAGCCCCGCACAGGCACGGCAGACUACUACGAGCUCGUCUGGGAGCCACGGCACGACGGCGGGGCGCCCGUACUGGAAUACGUCGUCAAGUACAGAAAGGCUGGCGAAACUCUCGGCGAGUGGACCAUAAAGAACAUAUCAGGUUUGGAGCACAAGCUGAUUCUAGCCAAACUGCAGCCGGCCAGCCUGUAUGAAGUCGAGAUGGCAGCGAGGAACUGUGCCGGGCUGGGUCAGCCUGCCAUGAUGACCUUCAGAACUGGUAAAGGACGCAAGAGUGCGGUUGGAACAAUAGACCGACCCAAAACGCCAGUGUCGCCACCACGUCUGUCUCCCCCUGAAGCUCCAGACAGGCCGACGGUAACCACGGCAUCAGAGACUUCAGCUUACGUGACGUGGAUCCCCCGUGGGAACCGGGGCUUCCCCAUCCAGUGCUUUCGAGUGGAGUUUAAGAAACUGAGGAAGGACGGAGGAGCUGGGGGCGAGUGGGAAGUAGCGGAGGACAACAUCUCUCCAUCACGCCUCUCUGUACAGAUCAAAGGCCUGGAGAAAGGGACCUCGUAUAAGUUCCGAGUUUUGGCGGUGAACGUGUUGGGAGCAAGUCCUCCGAGUGCACCCUCCAAGGCCUACACAGUGAUGGGCAGCAACCAGACCAACCCCCGGCCCGUCGACGGGCCCUACAUCACCUACUCUGAAGCCAUCAAUGAGACCACCAUCAUCCUUAAGUGGACUUACACACCCUUGAAUAACACUCCCAUCUAUGGCUUCUACAUCUAUUACCGACCCACUGACAGUGAUAAUGACAGUGACUAUAAGAGAGAUGUCGUGGAGGGAGACCGAUACUGGCACGCCAUUACCGGCCUGCAGCCGGAAACAGCGUACGACAUUAAGAUGCAGUGUUUUAACGAGGGAGGUGUGAGCGAGUUUGGAAAUGUGGUCAUCUUAGAAACGAAAGCCCGACCCAAUCAGAAGCACACGACACCAGAGACUUCGUCCCACCUACCAGACUCGGGAGGCCCUGUGCCACGCCCCAGUGAUUUACCGUACCUCAUAGUGGGAGUGGUGGUGCUGGGGGCCCUCGUUUUCAUCAUCGUAGCCUUUGUUCCAUUUUGUCUGUGGAGAGCCUGGGCUAAACAGAAGCAAACGGCAGACAUGUGCUUUCCAGCUGUUUCUGCACCGCUGUCGUCCUGCCAGUACACCAUGGUGCCGAUGCAAGGCAUGGCUUUAGUAGGGCACUGCCCUGUAGACUCUCACCUGACCCCCAGCCACACUGUGUAUGCAUCCAAAGGAGAGUACACCGCCAACGGGAAACAUCACACGCUCCGCCUUCCUGGACUGUGCCAGGAGGAUGCAGAUUGUGAAAUGGAAAAUGGCACAUUUUUGCCUCAAAGACUCUCCAAUGGACAUGCCCAUGCUUAUCACUACACCGUGGGCGUUCCCGGUCACGUGGAAGAGGAUGGCUGCUGCGAGCCAGACGACUCUACCGUGGAGCUCCUGAGCCCCGAUCAUCUUGAACACGUCCAGGAGAACCACGCUACCCAGUGUUUAGCAGACUUGUCACUGUUACCAGCAUCAGAGGCUGUCGGCAUGACGACGUCACAACAGGAAGUUGUCAAGAUCCAGCGUGAAAUCCAGCUAGAGGAGCGAGUACUACAUGAUGGAUGAAAAAAAGAGGGUGUGGAGGACAUGAAAGAAAACAAAACAAAAAAAAAAACCCAACACAAAAACAGAAGAGAGACAGUAUUUAUUUUUGUAUCAAAGAUACUAUAUUUAUAUAUUUAUGCUCAUGUAAAUAGUUUUAUGUUGUGUAUAUAUGGAUUGUUUAUAUGAGAGAAAAGUGUAUUACUGUGUUUGCUUUGUCACCACCAGGAUAAAGGACGUUCCAGCUGUUGAAGCUGUAUUACCUGUUUUGCUAUUGGAAAUGUUAACACUAUCAUUCAUGCCUUAUAGUUAAAAAAAAAAGAAGAAAAAAAAAAGAAACCCUCAUCAUUACGCUGUAAAGAAUGCUUUAACAUGAAGAUCUUGAGCAUAAGACUUGUUUAUGAAAGACUAUUUAAAACAGUAUUUAUCAGCGUAUAUGUCACUCAUAUGUUAUUCACAAAAAAGAUCUGUUUCUGCCAAAAAAUUCUCACUACAUGGGACUUGAGAAACUCCGCGUUACUGGUGGUGCUCAGCUUCUUGGUCCGGUGUUCAAAUGUUUUGUAGAUGUAUCACUAAAGAAAUAUGUAUUUCAUCAUUAACAAAGUAUUAACAAAUGUAUGCAACGUAUAAACACUCUGCCUUCCGUAAUAUCGACUACGUGUUUUUAAGAAGUGAAUGGGGAAACCUGGAACGAACACAACUACCUUCAAAUACUGAUUUUCAGAUUUUCAGAUUUACGGAGCUACACGUAAGCUUUUAGUUCCGAUCUCGGUUUGCUGUCUGUCUGUCCAGUUUACUCUAAUUGACUAAUCACAUUUGACCAUUUUUAUAAACAAUAAGCUGAGUAACAGUUGACCGUAGUAGCCGAGGUGUAUAUACAGUACUAUACAAAAGUCACGGACCACCCUUCUGCUUUUAAUUAAAAGGCUAUGCAGUACUUAAAUAUUUGGUAUUGUACAUUAAUUCCAUUUCCAGUCAAAUAUUAUUAUGCAAGUGUAUAUUAAUGUUGCAAAUAAAAUCUUUUUAUUGUUAUACGUAAAUCACAAAGGUCUUUGAAAUGUUUAUGUAUAUUUCAGUGAAAAGCAUGGUCGAAUCUUCUAUUUAGCUCUUUCAAAUCUCCCUAAAUUCUGAAAACUGAAAAUCGUUUCGAGUUUCUACUAGACUGUACAAAGAGACAAUGCUACUGUAUCAGUAUUACCUUCGCACAAAAAGUGCUGAAGCCUGAAAAGAAAUGAAGGAAAACUCAUUUUCGAAGUGUACCUGGCUGUUACAUGACCUACAGCAUUACUGCAUGUAAAUAAAGCUGAAGAAAUUACA